UCUUUUGCAGUCGACUGCAAUCUGCUUCUGCUCUGAAUCCCAACUCAACUGCAACACAACAACUGCUUCUUGGCUGUCGUCAACGCCACUCCAUCUCGUUGUCGCAGAAUCCACGAACACGACAACGAACAAAAGAGCCACUCCCAUAAUACCCCACGACACUUAGCGUGUCGCCUUUGAUCAAACCUUGUCUCGCAGUUGUUGCAGCCUACCGCCCAUCCCGAAAUCAGCCCAUCCCACCUUUUCAAGUCAUGUCCCAAGCAACCAGACCAUCCUCGUCCAAUUCUCUCUCAACAGCUAUCAGCAACGACUUGUCUUGGAAAGCCGGACUUCGCCCACCGCCAAAAGACCUCAGGCCCCAAACAGAAGAUGUGACGGCCACCAAGGGUCUCGAAUUCGAAGACAUGUACCUCCGCCGCGAACUCCUCAUGGGUAUCUUCGAAGCAGGAUUCGAGAGGCCCUCUCCCAUACAAGAAGAAGCUAUUCCAAUUGCGCUCACGAAGCGCGAUGUCCUCGCCCGCGCCAAGAAUGGCACUGGCAAAACAGCAGCCUUUGUCAUCCCCGCUCUCCAACAGAUUGAUAUCAACAAACCAAAGAUUCAAGCCCUUCUCCUCACAUCCCAAGUAUGCAAAAUCCUCGGAAAACAUAUGGGUAUUCAGGUCAUGGCGACCACUGGUGGCACAACCCUCAAAGACGAUAUCAUGCGACUAUCCGAAACGGUUCAUGUCCUCGUGGGCACUCCCGGCCGUAUUCUCGACUUGGCUGGAAAGAGCGUGGCUGAUCUUAGCGAAUGUCCCGUCUUCGUCAUGGACGAGGCAGACAAACUCCUUUCCCCCGAAUUCACUCCAGUCAUGGAACAGUUACUCUCUUUCCUCCCCACUGACCGCCAGGUCAUGUUGUUCAGCGCAACAUUCCCCCUCAUUGUGAAGGACUUUAAGGAUAAACACAUGAACAGUCCUUACGAAAUCAACCUCAUGGAAGAACUUACCCUACGCGGUGUCACUCAAUAUUACGCCUAUGUAGAAGAGCGACAGAAAGUGCACUGCCUAAAUACAUUAUUUUCCAAGUUACAAAUUAACCAGUCGAUCAUCUUUUGCAACUCUACCAAUCGCGUCGAGCUAUUAGCCAAGAAAAUUACCGAACUUGGCUACUCAUGUUUCUAUUCACAUGCAAAGAUGCUUGCAGUCACACCGAAUCUCGUUUGCUCUGACCUACUUACGCGAGGUAUCGAUAUCCAAGCCGUUAACGUCGUCAUCAACUUUGACUUCCCAAAAAAUUCCGAGACGUACCUUCACCGCAUCGGUCGGUCAGGUCGAUUCGGACAUUUUGGUCUCGCCAUCAACCUCGUCACGUAUGAAGAUCGAUUCAAUUUGUAUCGCAUCGAGCAGGAGCUCGGAACGGAGAUACAGCCCAUUCCCCAACACAUCGACAAGAGCUUGUACGUAGCCCCAGGUGGUCCUCGAGGAGCCUUACAGAAUCAUCAGGGCAAUGGACGGCCAAAUGGCAUGCAAGUGCUUCCGCAGGCAGCUCAACCGCAACAGAGAGUUCCGUACCCGGCCCAACCAGGCUACCGUGCGACACCUGUCGCACGAUGA